UUCGUUUGGGUGUGACUGACAAACGUCAAACGCUGUUUACGGUUCGCUUUUCCCCCUCGAUAGCCCAUUUACGUUGUUUUUGUGCCUUUUGCGGGUUUCGGGUUGUACGCGCUUUUCCACCCUGCACAACAGAAUCUCAUCCCAAGCUUUCCAAUCCUCCCGGUAUUUCCCCACACUGCCAGCUGGUUGUCACCAACACAAAGCCAUGGACUACUCGAAGCUGUUGCCAUUGGUCGCGGUGCUGCUGAUCGGGCUCGUUGGCGAAUGUGCCGCUCACGAGUGUUACGUCUGCUCGAACCAGACCGGCAACACGGAAAAGUGUCUCAACACGGUCAAGAUCUGCCAGCAGGGCGAGGACGCCUGCCUGACGGAGAUCCGGUGGGGCAGCACGCCAUACUUUUCGCUCGGCGCCCAGAAACAGUUCUACGUGUCGAAGCGCUGCGCCAAGAAGGAGAUCUGCCAGCGCAUCCGCACCAAGCACAUGCCGUACUGCACGCACAUCUGGUACGAGGACUGGACCUGUUCCGCCUGCUGCCUCGGCGACCGCUGCAACUACUACGUGAUCAGUGCCGCGCCCACGGCUAUGCUGUCGACCGUGCUCGCCACACUAGUGGCCCUCGGUGUGUUGCUGCGCAGCAAUAUGGCUAGCUGAAAAUUGGACGUACAGCAGCGAAAUCUGCCAGCUGUUUCGAUAGAAGAUGGGGAAACAAACAUCCAGCGAACAUCGGCUACCAGCACCUUCAAUCCAUUUCUUCGUACAUUCCAUCGGCAUGUAAGCAAUCGUCAGUAUUCCGUUGCACUUUUCUAUCGAAACUAUUGCGCGUAAGAGUAAGUAGAAGCUCGUCCAUUUUCCCUCCCCAAAACGAUAGACAGCCGCAAACAAUCGUGCCUCUAGAGAUAGGUAAAAGUAGUUAUAGUUAAUUGCAGCCGUGCGUGAAUCCCUGCGCACGGGGCAACGAAAGUGAAUCGCCUGUAAUGGUGUAUGAAACGCAUCCGUCCAAUUAUUUUUCUAUGUAUACAAAUUCAUCUUGACCGCUCUCAGCACCAGCUAAGGUCAUCGCUGUUGAAAUAUACCAACACGUGUAACAGUAA